UCCAAAAUCCAAUAUGGCGACGGGAGGUGAUAAGAAGAAGAAAGAGAGUAUUUUUGAUUUAUCAAAGUUUUUGGAUAAACCAAUUCGCGUAAAGUUCCAAGGGGGGCGAGAAGCCACUGGUGUGCUGAAGGGGUUCGACCCAUUGCUUAACCUUGUGUUGGAUGGAACAACAGAAUAUUUGCGAGAUCCUGAUGAUCCAUUCAAGCUAUCCGAUGAUACUCGACCGCUAGGACUUGUUGUCUGCAGAGGAACUUCGGUGGUGCUUGUUUGUCCAGUGGAUGGAAUGGAAGCAAUUGCAAAUCCAUUUUUGCAACAAGAGUAGCACAAACAGAUUGCAAUGCAACAAGAGACACUCAAAUAUUUCUUAAUCUUUUAACAUUUGGUGUAAAAAGAUCCAAUGUUGUUGUGCAUAUGUAGACUAUACUUCAUCAUAGACUGAAGUAUUUGAAGGAACUGGAUUUUUUCAUCUAAUCAGCGUUAUAGCCAUAGAAUUUUUCUACUUUUUGUCGCGCAGGAAGUAGAAAAAUUCAGCAUGGUGGAAAAUUCUCUUCAUUUGCUGUUGUGUGCAUACUACCAACUAACUGUUGUGUUAAUCAAACUUAUUGGUUGAGAAAAACAUGAUCAUUGCAACUCUUCCUCAGUGAAUAUUACUACUGUAUAUGCAAUAAAAUAACACAGACAUGUUAUAAAUCAAUUAUUGUAAAUAUAUUUUGGCUA